AUGCCCAGCGGCGACUGCGGCAAACGGCGCGAGCGCGGCCAAGCAUUGGUUGAUACCAAGGAAAAUAAGGAAAUCCCGGUCCGCAGACUGGGCCACAAGUCUCCUCGGGAGAACCGAUGGUUGCCAAGCGUCCCCGACGUACCUGAAAUCAUGCCCCAGACAUGCACCACUACCUCUACGGCAACCACACCGCGCAACGGCAGCGGCCACAAGAAUAGCAGCGACCUUCGAUCGGACCGUUCCAGGAGGAGGGAAGCUGGUAACAACUUCGCCAACGCAUGA